AUGCAGAGAUACGUAUUGGUGAAGAGAACAACGGUGAAGGAGCGGGAUACAGGUUUUAAAAGAGCAUGUUUUGUGCAGAUUACAGAGCCACUUGGGGAAAUUUCAGUCUUUACUCUCAUAACCAUUGAGGGGGAGUUGGCCUACAAAUGCAAGCAUCUUUCUGUAUGGAUUUUUUUUCUGUUUCAGAAGGAAGAUGUCAUUAAUGCGGAAAGGGACGAAAGACUGUCUCUUCGGAAGCAUCGUUUCAUGCAUUUUGCAUCAGUGGAAUAUGAAGGAGAAUGUUACAUGACACCAAGAGAUUUCUUGUUCUCAGUAAUGUUUGAUCAAGUGGAACGUAAAGCCUCAGCCAAGAAACUGACAAAAAAGGAGGUAGAUGCUGCACUGCUGUGUGUUGCCAAAGCUAAACCAGGACCGACCUUUUUUAGAGAGCUUGGUGAUAAAGGGUUGAUAUCUUAUGCAGAGUACCUAUUUUUGCUGACAAUCCUUACGAAACCGCAGACUGGAUUUCAGAUUGCCUUUAAAAUGUUGGAUACAGAUGGCAAUGAACAAGUUGAAAAGAAAGAAUUCUUUAAGCUACAGAGAAUCAUUGGGAAGGAAGAUGAUUUGAAGACAGCUGGAGACGAAACAGUAUUUCGGGGAGCAGAACUGGAAAGCUCUGGUGUUAAUACUAUGUUGCUGAUACAUUUCUUUGGAAAAGAAGGAAAGGAAAAACUUCGCUACUCUGAGUUUUUCAGAUUCAUGGAAAAUCUGCAAACAGAAGUCCAAGAAAUGGAAUUCAUAAAGUUUUCAAAGGGUUUGAAUGUCAUGAGAAAAGAAGACUUUGCAGAAUGGUUACUGUACUUCACUGAUGAGGAAAACAAUGACAUUUACUGGCAGAAUGUGAAAGACAGAAUUGAGGCGGGAGAGAAUAUCAGUUUGGAAGAAUUCAAAACUUUUUGCAAGUUUACAAACAACCUGGAAGACUUUUCUAUUGCCAUGCAGAUGUUUUCUGUAGCCAAUCGUCCUGUUAAAAGGGCUGAGUUCAAGAGGGCAGUGAAGGUGGCAACAGGACAGGAGCUCUCAGAUAAUGUUUUGGAUACCAUCUUCAAGAUUUUUGAUCUAGAUGGAGAUGACUGCCUGAGCCACGGCGAGUUUCUUGGAGUCCUGAGGAACCGUAUUCAUCGAGGUUUGAGGGUACCGCAACAGCAAGGCAUUCAAGGUUACUGGAAGUGUGUGAAAAGAGAAAGCAUUAAAGGAGCCAAAGAAGUGUGGAAGCAAACUGGGAAAAGUCCUUUUUAAAGCAGUCCAUUGUUCUUUUGCUAUAAAUGUUGUUAUUUAGGGGGGGUUGUCUGUCCUGUUUACAUAAUAGCUGAAUCAAAAAUACUCUCUUUUUUUACUAUAGUUAAACUUUAAUUAACCCAGUUUCUAAUGGAAUAAUUUUAUAUUGUUCUAGUGCAAUCAGUUUGGUUUACAGAACCGUUACCACUUUUGACCUCCAUACGGAAGUACUCUUGUUCUAGGGAAUAGUGUUGUUUACUCCUCUGUGGAGUCUGACCCUGCGCUGUAGCACACAGGCUACGCAAGAUUUAAUAGUGGCCACUGGCAGGAACGUCACAGCAGUAUCAUCUCCUGUUGGAAGAGUGGACAUCAUCUCAGUUAGCCACUAACACAGCAGUUCUCUUUCCCUGGCAAGGAUAGAGGUCCAAAAGGCGAAACCACUUGCACAAUCCAUGCAAAUCAAGUUAUCCUAAAUCAAAAAGGAAAAUUCACGUGGUUCGUGCCCUCAUUACUGUGAACUGCUCACGUGCUAGUUCCUGGUGGAUGAUUCCACCAGAUCCUGUGUGGAUGUCUGGAUUGUCUACCUUCAUGAUGAUAAUAUUAAACUGGAAAUACAAGACUGUUGAUACAGGCUUUAAAAGUUGUACAUUAAUCUAUGAAUGUGCAUUGGGUCCCUCAGACCUCUUCAACAAAUGGUAUAAAUGAGAAGCAAAAAUCCUUAUUCUAGCAUAAACAGCAGUAGCUACAAUUUGAGUCAUAACUAUGUUGCCUUAAUUGUAUUGCAGGUGAAUGUGUAACAAAUAGUUGCUUUAUCUUAGUAAAGGUUGUGACAGGGAAUGCUGCAGUGUCGCAGGAAUUCAAGGUUAUAAUAAGCAAGUGUUGGGGGCAAAAUAAGUCCAAUGAAAUGUAAAAAAAAAUGUUUAUUAUUCCAAAAUGCAAAGUUAGGCAUAAGAUCUUAAACAGUAAAACAAGGAACACAUCAAAAUUAACAUUUAGCAAUUAUAGAUGAACGUUUUUUAGCUACAACAUAGUGUGCAUCUGUGUAUACACAGGUGUGCAUGUUACAUGUUUUUCUUUCUUACAGCCUUAAGAGCCGAUAGUCCCAGGUCCAGAUCAGUCUUCCUGGUUGUCCGCUAUAUAUAGGAGAUAGACUUAUCUGUAAAGCUCUCAAGGUUCUUCCUCUUUGCCCCUCCCAGUUGUCUGACUUGACUUGGCUGGGGUGAAAGCUUAACCUUUCAAGGCAGGUUUGUGGUAACAGACUCAAAAGAUGGACUGGGGAGAUGUCUCAAGAAAAACAACCAAGAAAUCUCACCACUCUGUGAGGAAGUAUCCAUCCCUUUUAAGUAUGACACUAGCUAUGUUAUUCUCAAAGUUGUACAUAAGCUCAACAGGAGGUGUUUUUUUGUAAUUUCUUUGGCGUUUGAUGGGGGGAGCCUUGAGACGAGGGGAACCUUCCAUGAUAGAUACCAGAGCAGCCCUCACUCAGAUGAGGCAAAGGAGACACUGCAUUACGAAACCAUAAAGAUGCCACGUAAGGAGUAGUGAGAUUACAGAGAAUGUAUUUGGUAUGUCAGUAGCGGUCAGGCAAGCUUGUGCUGAGGAGGAGUCCUCCCGCCUGAGCCUCAGCACGGUGGUCUCAUGUAGGGAAAUAGAGUGAGAAGCUGGCAAAGCAGCAGUGUGCCGCUCUUCCCUCCACGGCCUUCACUUGGAGCUUUAAUUUAAAUUGUGUUAAAGAGAAAAUGCUUGUAUUCUUGUCAUCUGUGGACAUGCACCCAGAGUCACCCACCAAAACAAGAGCAUGCGUAUGUGGGUGUCCUGAGACCUGUCUAGAAGAUCAGGCACCAGUGACCACCAAGGGUCCCUUUACUUCCCCAGGAAACCAUCGGAAUGAAAUAAAAUGCAGUAAACGCCUCAGCCUCCCCCCCUCAAACUGAACUCAUGCACUGCUCUGCAGGCAACAGGAAAUUGGCUAGCUGGUUUACUUUGUGUGUUUGGAAGUUGCUUGCUGCUUCUGGUGAUGGGAGCUACUUUUUAUUGCUUUUGUGGUUUCUUUCGUUUACCAAUGACUUGCUUCCUACAAGCUGUUUGAUUUUCUUUUGGAAAAAUCAAUUCAUUUAGCUUUAGCGUAUCUAGAAGUUUAAUUCCUCAUUGCUCAUUUAUAUCUGGGUUUGUGCAAUCAGCAGUAUCUGCUUUCAGCAGCAAGUUACUAAAAAUGGGAUUUCAAGUUUUAUUUUUUAGCAAAGGCUUUGGUGUCAAGUUCAGAGGAAAAAGAGAACAGAUAUGCUUAUUUUUAAAUGAACUUUGUCUCUGUAGUAAAAAAAGAAACGAAAUUAUUGAUUAGGAGUUAAAAUACAGUUAGGAAACGUUUUCAGAAGUUACACUGAAAGUACAGCCAUGAAGGAACUCCUUUGAAGGCCAGGGAAGGCUUGUCCAUGAGGCUUGAAGAAUCAGACUCUGUUUAAUUUUAUAGUCUGUUUUUGUCUUAACUAAAAGCCUUUACAAAACGGUCUUAAAAUAAUUUCUCAUGUUCUCUUCUCAUGUUCUAAUUUCUCAUAUCUUAGGUUGAAAGAGCUGUUUACAUAAGUGUUUAGAUUGACCUUGUCUUUUAAUGAAUCCAUCGUAGUUUUAGCAUUAGAUGUUUUAGUUUCUUUUAGUAGCUGUAUGGUAUUUGCAACCUGUCUGUCAGCAUUACUCAACACAAUUUGGUUACAAGUUUAUGCCAACUGCCAAUCUAUCAGUUAAACUUAUCAAUUAUGACUUUUUUAAUGUUAGGAACUCUUCCUCUGAACAGAAAUAUAUGGAAGAACUAAAUAAAAUUAUUUUUUUUUAAAUUCUCCA